UGGAAAAUGACUUUCUUUGACAAACGUCAUAAAUCAUUGUUUACAAACGAUAACAAAAAACCAUAAAAAUAGCCGUCCAUACAAAAAUUUUAAAUAUUGAUUGAAAAUAAAAUUUAUUAGAUUAAAUGAAAUGUCUGAAGACAUCAUAGACUUCGAAAGCGAUGAAGAAUUGAUAACUGCUCAAAAGGUAUUAGAAAAGUUACAAUGUGCCUGGCUGAACGAAAAAUUUGCACCUGACAUUUUACCUAUCCAGGAGGAAAUAAUAGAGCUUAUGAUGGGCCAAAUCUCACACAUGGAAGAAAAUAUGGUCCAACUAGAUAAAAAUGAUCUUAGAUACAUUGCUCAUAGAAUGGAAAUUGAGAGAAUCCGUUAUUUAAUUACAUCAUACUUACGUUGCCGGUUGAAGAAAAUUGAAAAAUAUACAAGUUACAUAAUAUCAGAAGAUGAGAAAAGUUCUGAAGAUAACAAACGUCUUUCACAGGGAGAAUUAACUUUUGCACAAGAACUAUUUGAAAACACUCAAAAUCUUUUUAACAGAAUAGCUUUGCAAUACAUGCCAAAUAUGCAAAGAUCAACGGCGGAUUGUGAUAAAACUGUUAGACCUAAUUUAAUGAGUCACGUUUUUCUUAAGGCUAAAACAACGGUAUCGGGUGUUGUAAUUGGUGCUGAUGAUGAGGAGGUUGAUUUAGCGGAGGGAUCUCAGCAUAUUAUACCUUAUCAACUUAUAUCAGAUCUAGUUUUAAAUGACAAAGUUCAGCUAAUAUAAAAUAUAAAAAUGUAAUUUUUGAUUUAAUUUUGAUAUUUCUCUUAACUAAUUAAAGCUGCCACAAAGAUAUUUGAUAUGGUCAGAAAUAUCGAGUUAAAACAUUGCAGAUAUAGAACUGUAAGGACUUACAUUUUUUUGACUUAAAAAAUUUUCUAUUUAUACAUAUUCAAUUGUGAUAAAGUCUCUUAAAUAGUCCUUUUCCAGAAUUUUUCAUUAUAUUCGAAAAAAAUUAUUGCUCAUUCUUUAUAAGGUUAUUGAGUUGAAGUAUGAAGAUGAUGAAAAUUUAAAGAAUCCGUUAUUUAAUUACGUCGUACUUGCGUUCCUAUAACUACAUUCCUUUACUAGAGAUGUACAUGAAUGUAAAUUAAAUUAAAAAUAAUUUUCUUAAGAAAAGGUUAUCUUUUAUAACCUUUAAAAUAUACCAAACCUUUUCGCUAAAAAACGUAAGCGUACACACCUUAUGUUAAAAAUAAGAAAGAACACAUAGACUUAACAUGCAUAGUUGUACUUAACAUUGAACAAGAUUCUUGGAAUAAAUAAAAAAUUCAAAUAUCACAAGUAAAAAUAAAUUUUUCUUGCUUUUUUAUGAAAUCUUUAAAUUUCCUUUAUUGCAUUCAAGGUAAGAGAAAGCAUAGUCUUAUUUUUUUUUUGUUUUUUUUUUUUUUGCUAAUCCUUUAGGUAUUUUCCACUUAUUUUCAAUUUUUAAAUAAAAAAAUGUAAAGA